AUGACGGGAAUCAAGGAUCGGCUACAGGCCAGUCUGACCUGGCUUUGCGAACUGGAGCUUCUAAAACAGCGACAGGAGAGCCUUGUCUUGUGUGCACUAUCUCUAGGGGACACGGUGCCGGGAUGUACUGUUUGGGGCGACCUUCAGCUGUCACGCUCCGCUCACAGUCGCGAGCAAGAGGACUUGACUUUGAGACGACAAUUGAACAGACUCCAGGGUGCCCCUAGAGGCCUGAUGCUGGCCCUGCAGCAGCAGCUCAGCGAGCUGAGAUUGGACACAGAGGUGACAUAUAACCAGAACCCAGAGGAGGACAUAGAUAGUCCCCUCAGCUCAGGGUUUUAUGAGCAGAGUGAAAGUCUGUCACCAUCAGCCUAUUCCUGCUCAUCUCAGUACCUAGGCCUUACUGGGCACCGGCCCAGAUCAGUGGAUGCUUACAUGCUGGAUUGGGAGGGAGACACAGAGCCACCUCCUCGCUCCACUCUGCCACGUUCAUUCUCUGCACCUUACUCAUCUCUGGAGGGCAUCGCCGAGGGAACCGAGGAAGAGGAGGACGGGGAGGAUGGACAAGAAGACGAAGAGUUGAAGAUCACACAGGAGGCAGAGGAGCACUUUAGAUCGGAGGGUAUAAGAGGUCCCACGAUGGAGGAAAACGAGGAUGUCACAGAGGAGGACAUCCAACAGGCCCUGCGUGUGGAGGCCUACAUCCUGGGCCUGCUGCAACGUCGAGCUCUAAGGUCCACACACAGCUCUUCACCAGCCGUGGAUCCUGCUGCUGUGCCCUGGCAUAACUCACACAUUUAUGAGCCUUGCGUUCCCAAUCAUUAUAACCCUCCACCUGAUCACCCAGACUGGCAGACAUGGGCAGCAGAGAACGGCCCAAAUGGAGAGGAGUAUCAAGACCCAGAGAUGUACUACACUCCCAUGCUCAAUUCCCAAUCUGAGCCACCAUCUCUGAGCUGUGAGGAGCCAGAAACAUCUCUGGAACUAGAGUAUUAUGGAGCUCCAGAUCCCUGUGUUAGCAGCAGUGAAACUGAUUCACCUCAACACCAUCACAGUCACUAUCGACGACCCGACCCCCCUGGAAUAAACAGUCUACCAAAAUACAUCCAUACGUGCCGUGCCCAUACCUGCACCCUUCUUCACUCAGUACAAGAGGACUCUGACCAGAGAUGGACCCCUCUUUCUUCAGAGCAGGCACUCCCAAACUCAAUGCCUAGAAAGUUCCAGAUGGAGCAGUGGGCGAGUACUUCAGAGACCCAUCAGAGACAGACCAGUCGAUCGCAGUCUGAAGACAGUCUGUGGAGUCGGGGGUCCAGGGGCAUACUACUGAAGCACAGGUAUUACACAGUGGACCGGGGCAUGGGAUGUCACCACGGCAACCACUCCCAUCUACAUAGCUCCGGUCAGCGUCGCUGGAGCUCCUCGGCUGACCUAAGCCAAGAGGAGGUGGAGUCGGUGCUGAGAUGGGAGCCAACAGCCUUUGGACACACCCACCUACCCUACCGUACACAUGUACACACUUUGCCCCAGUAUACAGGGCAGAAUGGUAGGGCAGGGCAAGGGUCAAUCAUAGAACCUACCCCAGGAAAUGGUUCUGACUCCAGUCUGAGUGAGGCCUACUCCCCAGCAUCCAGCUCCCUAUCCAGUGACUCAGAUGAGAGCAGCGGUCUGGUGUGGCCCCAGCAGCUUCCCCCAUGUCUCGCCCCUUCAUCUGCCUCCUCCAACCUGCCGCCCAACUCUGGUGUCAAGAUCAAAGCCUCGCAUGCCCUGAAGAAAAAGAUUAUGCGCUUUCGUUCAGGCUCACUCAAAAUGAUGACCACUGUCUGA